AUGGGAGCAGGAAGGUGUAGAGGAGGGAAGGUGGACGUAAUCGACUACUCAAUAACACUUUUCUCCCUUCCCCCCCUCCUCCCCCUCCCCUUUCUUCCCCCCAUCUUCUCGACCCCUCUUCUCACCCCUCGUCUCACUCCUUUACUCCCCACUUCCGAGCCAGGGUACAGUGGGAGGUUUU